AUGCGAGGAAAAGACAGUAGUCAUUAAGAAGUAGCUAGCCUACCCCUAAAACGAAUAGUUUUGUGUACGGAAUAUCUGUGGAAUUCUCUGUGGAGGUGUGGCCUGGUCAUAGCACACGGAAGAAACCAAGUGCGUUUCCGUGUUUACGACUUUCUUUCCAGCAAUUUUUCUUCUGAAAGUUACUUUUAAAACAAGAAGAUGGGCGCUUGUAUGGCAUUGUGUUCGCUGGCCAGCUGUGCCUCGUGUCUGUGUGGCUCCGCCCCCUGCCUCCUGUCCGGCUGCUGUCCGUCCACCAACAACUCCACGGUGACGCGACUGGUGUUCUCCCUCUUCCUGCUCCUGGGCACCGCCGUGUCCAUCAUAAUGAUCCUGCCCGGCAUGGAGACGCAACUGAACAAGAUACCGGGCUUUUGCAAGGGCGGCACCUCCAUAUGGGUGAUCGAGAACAAGGUGAACUGUGACAUCAUCGUGGGCUACAAGUCCGUCUACCGCAUGUGCUUCGCCCUAGCCUGCUUCUUCUUCCUGUUCUGCCUCCUCAUGAUCCGAGUGCGCAGUAGCAAGGACCCCCGCGCCCACAUCCAGAACGGGUUCUGGUUCUUCAAGUUCAUGAUUCUGGUGGGAAUUACAGUCGGGGCCUUCUUUAUCCCUGAUGGGAUCUUCAACACAGUGUGGUUCUACUUUGGUAUGGUGGGCUCCUUCUUCUUCAUCACCAUCCAGCUCAUCCUCCUCGUUGACUUUGCCCACUCCUGGAACGAGGCCUGGGUAGGAAGAGCUGAGGAGGGCAACAGGAAGUGCUGGUUUGCAGGCUUGCUCUUCUUCACCAUUCUCAACUAUGCCCUGGCGUUUGUUGCCGUGGUGCUGUUCUACCUGUUUUACACCCAAGCCGACGACUGCACCGAGCACAAGGUCUUCAUCAGCCUGAACCUCAUCUUCUGCGUCGUCGUCUCCGUCAUCUCCAUCCUGCCCAAAGUGCAGGAAGCUCAGCCACAGUCUGGCUUGUUGCAGUCCUCCCUCAUUAGUCUGUACACCAUGUACGUCACCUGGUCUGCCAUGUCCAACAACCCUAAUCGGAAGUGCAACCCCAGCCUUCUCAGCUUAGUGUUCAACUCCAGCAGCACCACCCCGGCCCCUACCCUUGCCCCGGGAGAGAUUCAGUGGUGGGAUGCGCAAGGCAUUGUGGGAUUGAUCAUCUUCCUUUUAUGCACCCUCUACUCCAGCAUCCGCUCGUCCAACAACGCCCAGGUGAACAGACUGAUGCAGACGGAGGAGAGCCAGGGGCUGACGGCCGUGGAGGCGGGGCCGUCGGAGGACGGGGUGCGGCGCGCCGUGGACAACGAGGAGGACGGCGUCACCUACAGCUACUCCUUCUUCCACUUCUGCCUCUUCCUGGCCUCCCUCUACAUCAUGAUGACCCUCACAAACUGGUACCAUCCGGACGCGGAGUACCAGGCGAUGCAGAGCUGCAUGCCGGCGGUGUGGGUGAAGAUCUCCUCCAGCUGGUUAGGCCUGCUGAUCUACCUCUGGACCCUGCUGGCCCCGCUCAUCCUGCCAGACCGAGACUUCAGCUAAGCACGCACCGUGUGUGUGUGUGUGUGUGUGUGUGUGUGUGUGUGUGUGUGUGUGUGCGCACGCGCGCAUACUUGAGUGUGUGUAUAUCUGAGUGUGCCCAUUGCCCACAUACAAUACAAUACAAUACAAUAAGCUCUUAUGUAGUGCUCUUUAUGCAUACAUCCCAGGGCACUUUACAAAAAUAAAAUAAAAUAAAUAACAUAAGAAGUCAAAACUAAGAGGAAUAGGCAUGCAUGAAUACAUACAUGAAUAAGUGUGUGCGCGUGUGUGUGUGUACCUGUGUACACAUGCACAUUCUUGAGUGUGUGUAUAUCUGAGUGUGCCCACUGCCCACAUACAUGAAUGAGUAGGUGUGUGUGUGUGUGUGUGCGCGUGCGUGCACGUUCUGUAGGUUCUGCCUUUAAUCUGGUGGGUUUGAAGGAUAUGGAGCAAACCCUGACCUGACGCCGUGUUUUUGUCAAUAGGGAAAGAUUUGUUUUUUUCUUAAUCACUUUUCUUUAUUUGUGUACAACACUGAAGUUUUAACCGGACACUACUGUCCUCUGAUGGCUAAAACGAGAGCAAUUUAGUCAAUUAUAACUUUAAUACUCUAAAAAUUACAUUUUAAUUGAAUCACAUUUUAAUAAACAAUUGGACAGCAAUUGUGAAACAAAAUGGCGUCUGAAUGGUUACCAUGGGCUAGCCUCAACUGACACAAUGCUGAGGGUUGAUAUUAAUGUCAGUGCUAGAAGACACUGGGUCUUAAAUCCAUACUAGCUACAUAGUGUAUAUAUAUGAAUAAAAAUGUUCAGUUCUGUUUCCACAAAUUAGCCACAAAUUGUCACCUAGCAUUGGCAGAAUGAGACUUCAUUAACACUGAAUUAUUUGCUUCCUCAUAAAGUUAGUUUUUGAGCUAACAAGAAACAGAUUAGAGGUUUUUGCAGCUUAAGUGGACAAUCGUGUUUAAUGUGUAAUUAGUUGUGGUAGGUAGUCUGUUCAAAUGUUCAACAGAAAGCCUUACUUUAAUAUUUCCAGCUUCUUACUAGGUGCAUUAUGUAAUCAAUGCCAUUGAGAUCAUAAUCGACUGUGCGUUUUUUAAUUCAGUAGAACGAGGUAUAGAUCUGUGUACAGAUCAGUAUAUUAAUCCAUUCCUGUAUUUUUCACACUACAUACAGUAAAUAACAUUGGGUUUGUUGAUUAUGGGCUGUAUUUUUUAUGCUUUCGUAUUUUCAUUUGUUUCAAAAUUGAAAAUUGUUCCUGUUAAUUUUUUUUUAGAUCACAGACAAUAAAUCAUAUUCUGUGUUUGUCCAAUA